AGCGGAAAGCGGCGCCGUGCCGGGGGCGGCGCUUCCCGCCCGGCUCCCGCGGCCAUGGCGGCUCCCGGCGGGAUGGUGCCGGUGCUGGCGGGGCUCUACGUGGGCGGCGCGGAGUCCUGCUCGUCCCCGGAGGCGCUGUCGGCGGCGGGCGUGGUGGCGGUGCUGACGGUGGACGCGGAGGAGCCGCCGGCCGUGCCGGGCGUGCGGACCAUGCACGUCCGGGCGCGGGACGAGCCCGGCGCGGACCUGCUGAGCCGCCUGGACGAGUGCGCCGCGUUCCUGGGCGCGGCCCGGGCGGGCGGCGGCGCCGCGCUCGUCCGCUGCCACGCCGGGGUGAGCCGCAGCGUGGCCGUGGUCGCCGCCUACCUGAUGAAGACGCAGGGGCUGGGCUGGCAGGAGGCGCUGGCCGCCGUGAGGGCCGCCAAGCCGGACGCGCAGGUGAACCCCGGCUUCCAGGGGCAGCUGAAGCUCUACGAGGCGAUGGGGUGCGCCGUGGACACCAGCAGCGUCCUCUACAAGCGGUACCGGCUGGAGAUGCUCAGCGAGAGGUUCUCCGAACCUCAAGACUUGCCCCGAGAAGUCUUUGCAGUUGAUCCUACCACUGUAUGUCAGACUUUGAACACAGAGGUUCUCUACAGAUGCAGGAAAUGCAGACGCGCUCUGUUCCGUAGCUCCAGCAUUUUGUCCCACACGGAAGGAAUGGGACCGACAGCCUUUGCCCACAAGAGGAUAGCAGAGUCUGCACGGCUUUCUGGGAAUGGCCAGGAAAAGUGCACCUCGUACUUCAUCGAGCCUGUGCAGUGGAUGGAGCCGGCAUUGCUCGGAGUGAUGGAAGGACAGCUUCUGUGUCCCAAAUGCACGUCGAAGCUGGGCUCCUUCAGCUGGAGAGGGGACCAGUGUUCCUGUGGCCGCUGGGUGACGCCGGCCUUCCAGAUCCACAAAAGUCGAGUGGAUGAAGUGAGGACAUUGCCUGUUGGUAACUUCCAGACUGCCAAAACGUGAACUCAUCACUUCACUUGAUGGAUUUCUUAACAGCUACUAAGAACUACUAGUCCAUGGUUGCCAGGAAAUGAGCUUAUGACUUUCAGCCCUUUGCAAGGUGGUGGAAUGACUUGAACACCUUCAGUUUGCCGUAUCUCUUAAUAUAUUCUA